UUGAGCACAACAGGAGGAGGAGAGGACAACAGCAAAGUCCGCACACAAGCAAACAGCUCCAAGUCCGUGCUUACUUCAACACAAGGAUCUGUCUCGGCGUUCAUGGAUACUCCCACCUUCGCGUGUCUUUACCACGGCAUCUUCAAUCAUGAAACACGCAUAGGCUUUAAAUCGUUUCUCCCGCGUCCAACCUCCCCGUGCACAGACAAGGACAGAGAGACACGAGACGUGCGUACUCUCCAAACUAAUUGAAAACACGCACCGGACAAAAGUGCAUUGGACAGGAUGGCUAAAGAGACUAGAGGGAAAGCGACCCUUCGCAAGCUUAGCGCUUCUCACUGGCGCAUGCAGAACAUCGCCCAGGAAUCUGUUGACAGCUCAGAUGAUGAGUUUUUUGAUGCCCGCGAGGUGCUGGAAGGUAAAACGGCCAUGCUCUUAGGAAUGAGUCAAUGGAACUCUAAUGAUCUCGUUGAACAGAUAGAAACCUUGGGCCACAUCGACCAGACUCAGGGGUCAGAGAGACUGUACCGUGUAAGGAGGCAGAAAUGUGUCCCCCAAACAAGCAUUGAUGGUCUAGAGGAAACUGAGAAAUGUCAAACCCAUGUGCUGGUGUUGGUGGUGCAUGGGGGGAACAUACUGGAUACGGUGGGUGGUGAGCCGGGCGCGAAGGCUGCAGAUGUGAACACCCUGUCUUCAGUGCUGGAGAAAGUGUCCCAAGCUCACUUUCAAGCUGCAGCCCAACAUGUCAUCAUUAAGUUGGUGCCGUGCCCGGCCGUAUGUGCGGAGGCCUUCUCCCUCGUGUCCAACCUGAAUCCUUACAGCUAUGAUGAGAGUUGCGUAUCCAGCAGCGUAGAUCAUCUGCCACUGGCUGCUUUACCGCUGCUUGCCAUAGCUGCUCCACACUACCAAGAUGCCGUGGCAACAAUUAUCGCUCGGGCCAACCAGGUGUACCACAGUUUUCUGCAGUCGCCUGACGGACAGGGCUUCACAGGGCAGGUGUGUUUGUUGGGUGACUGUGUGGGAGGUGUGCUGUGUUUCGAUGCUCUCUGUUUCAGCAACAGCCCACGACAUAGUAGCCCCAUCCACAAAAGCAGAUAUAACAGCACAGAAAGCUUAAAGGAUAACCCUGAGGUCAGCCCGAGCCUGAGCUCCAGCAAGCGCCUUAGCAGGAGCAACAUUGACCUGUCUGCUCCCAGUGACUCCCGUUGCAGGAAAUCCCAGCUCAGCCGUAAACAGAGCGACUCAUACGAUGGAGACUCCUCCUGCAGCCAGCACCACCCUUUCCUUAGCAGCCUAAUUCAGGACGAAGUGGACCAGAGACCAGGGAGCAACACCAGUCUUGUGCUGAAUCCAGGUCGCUUUGACUUUGAGGUUUCGGAUUGUUUUCUGCUGGGCUGUCCUCUUGGACUGGUGCUAGCCAUGAGACGCACUGUGCUUCCUGCUGUCCAGGUGUCUCAGCUCCGGCCUGCAUGUUCUCAAAUCUUCAACCUGUUCUACCCCUCUGACCCAUCGGCCUCUAGAUUAGAGCCUCUUCUACACUCCCAGUUCCACAAACUGCCUCCUUUCCCUGUUCCCCGCUACCAGCGCUACCCGCUGGGAGAUGGUCGCUCCACCCUUAUCGUCGAUGACAUCCACAGCUACCCUGAUGUGUUCCUGCAUGGUAGCACUGUUCCGGUAGGCGCCUUGCACUCCACCUCUCCCCAGAGAGAGGGCAGCGCAGGUGGGCGGAUGGCUGUUGAGGUCCGCAGGUCCAGUUUGACCAGCAUCGACAGCCAGUUGUCGGGCUGCUGGGAGAGCAGGCUGAGUAGCACCAUCGCCAACAUCUCCAGCAGCUGGUGGGGCUCUAAGCGGUUAGAUUACGCCCUGUACUGUCCAGACGUCUUGACGGCAUUCCCCACUGUGGCUCUGCCUCACCUGUUCCAUGCUUCCUAUUGGGAGUCUACUGAUGUUGUUGCCUUCCUUCUGCGUCAGGUGAUGCGCUGUGACUAUGUGAAAACCCAAGAGACGGACAGCUCUGACUCCGCCCUCUUCUCCCCUUCCAGUCCAAGAGAGAAGUGGCUACGCAGGCGCACACACGUCAAGCUGAGGAAUGUCACCGCCAACCACAGAGUUAAUGAUGUCAUCGCAACAGAGGAUGGGCCGCAGACCCUGGUUGGUCGCUUCAUGUAUGGACCACUGGAUAUGGUAACCCUGACCGGGGAAAAAGUCGAUGUGUACGUGAUGACCCAGCCCCAGUCAGGUCGCUGGGUGCACUUAGACACUGAGUUGACUGGAAGUAGUGGCAGAGUGACCUACACCAUCCCUAAAACCAAAAAGCUGGCAGUGGGAGUCUACCCCAUCAAAAUGGUUGUGAAGGGAGACCAGACGUGUGCAGAGGCCUUCCUGACGGUGUUGCCGCGGGGAAUGGAAUGUGUCGUCUUUAGCAUUGACGGUUCAUUUGCCGCUAGCGUCUCCAUCAUGGGCAGUGACCCUAAAGUACGGCCUGGAGCUGUGGAUGUGGUCAGACACUGGCAGGACCUGGGUUACCUGAUCAUUUACAUCACUGGCCGUCCAGACAUGCAGAAACAGAGAGUUGUAUCGUGGCUCUCUCAACACAACUUCCCCCAGGGAAUGAUCUUCUUUUCGGAGGGAUUGGUUCACGACCCACUUCGCCAGAAAACCAUCUUCCUCAGGAACUUGGUGCAAGAGUGUCACAUUAAAAUCAACUGCGCCUAUGGCUCCAUGAAGGACAUUUCUGUCUACAGCAUGCUGGGCCUCAGCCCUAACCAGAUAUAUAUAGUGGGACGGCCCUCGAAGAAGUACCAGAACCAGUGCCAGUUUCUGAGUGAGGGCUACGCGGUACACCUCUCCUCCCUGCAGUUUAGUCACAGGGCCCGACCCAAGAAGAGCUCCUCGGUACGCAUGGUGCUGCGGAAAGGCUCUUUUGGUCUGUCAGCCAAACCAGACUUCCUAUGCAAGCGUACGCACCUACGCCGCACCAUGUCAGUUCAGCAACCCGACCCCCCCAUCACUGCCAACCCUAAACCAGAGCGAGCUCAGAGCCAGCCCGAGACAGACAAAGACCACGGGGGUGGAGGAGGAGCAGGCCAUGCCAUGUGGGCAAGGGGUUCCAUGCACCGUGGCGACACCACUCCUUGACCAAAGUGACAGAAAGAGAAGAGAUGGAAAUGAUCUCUCGGUGAACAGAGCCCAGGCAUUUGUCUACUCUGUGGGCGGUUGUCUGCAGGCCGCUUGUGGCCAGACGGACUUGCAAACUGUACAUUAACCUUUUGUGCCGGUGUGGCAACCUGGCCUGAUCUCUGUCACCACUGUCUCUGUUCAGCCAUUCAGCCAGAACGGAAUCUUGACAGCGAAGGCCCUGUUCUGCACUCCGCACACUUGUCUGCUGGGUCACAUUACAACUUAUUGGUCUCUAGUACACUGCAGAAGAGCAGCCAUGGGAAUAACUGCAAAAGCAUAUUUACAACACUCAGUGGUUUUUCUUGUGCACUCAUGUUGUAAAUAUAAAUGGCACUGUGAUGAAUUGAGUAUAUUUUGAUGUAUCUGCGUGUGGCAAUAACUUAUUACAGCAGUGCACGUUUUUGCAGGCCAAACUACCAUUUAAAAUUUGUAUUGUUAUGGUUUUAAGUGACUGUGUCAUAAUGUUAAUCAGUUUAUCAGUAUGACACCUUAAAGGAAUUGUUCACCCAAAUGAAAAUUCUUCCAUUAUUCACUGACCCUCGUGCCAUCUCAAACUUGUAUGACUUUCUCUCUCCUGUUGAACUCACAGUAAGAUAUUUUGAAAAAUGGAUGAGGUGUUUUAUCAAUGGGGUCCAACAUUUUCAAGCUCCAAAAAGAUCUUAAAGGCAGCAUAAAAGUAAUCCAUACUCGAGUGGUUUAAUCCAUGUCCUCUAAUCGAUAUAAUAGCUUUGGAUGAGAAACAAAGAAAAAGCUCUUCUGCCCAGCAAGAUCAUGCAAACGUGCAUGUGUCAAGCGUGAGGACAUGUGAACGAGCUUCUCUCAUGAAUGUGCCUAGGAGAGCUGGGCGGAACUGAAGAUUUUUGGUAAAUAAGGACUGAAUUUUUGCUUUGUUUUCCUCCCAAAGUUAUCAUAUCGCUUCAGUUGACAUGGAUUAAACCACUCGAGUCGCAUGGAUUACUUUUAUGCUGCCUUUUUGGAGAUUUAAGAUUUUGCACCCCAUUGACUUAUAUUGUAUGGAAGAAAACAUAAUUUCAGAAAUCUUUGUUUGUGUUCCACAGAUGAAAGAAAUUCAUGUGAGUUUGAGAUGACAUGAAGGAGUAAAUGAUUAGAGAAUUAUAAUUUUUGGGUGAACUGCCCUUUAAAGGGCCAUUCACACUGACAGUGUUUUGCAGUGAUAGAAGUCAUUCAUUUUCAGUGAGAGUUAGCAAUUUUUUUUUUGCAGCAUUGUCAGGAUGCUGAGGAACAAAAUUGGAGUUCAAUUGAAAUUCAAUUUUUCAAUCAGUACAUUUGCAUGCCCAGUUAUAAUUGAGCUAUGGCAGGUUUUUGCUUGAUCACGCUGCAGUUUUCAUUUGUCUAAGUAUACAUCACACAAUGCGUAAUCAAUUACUUAAAGGACAGACUGCAAAUAGGGUGGGUUAAAUACACGUCAUUGUCUUUCAGAUUAUGCGCAGAUUACAGCGCAGAGGCCAGUUUUACGAAGUCGAGCUACAAUCACAUUAUCUUGGACUGUUAGUCCAACUUAAAAAUUGGACUGGUACGUGUUUACAUGACAUGACAAAAAGAUUAAUUAUUGAUUUAGUCGGACAGAAAUCAAACUUUUAAAGUUCACGUAAAUACUGAAUGAUGCAAUGUGGCAACUACCAAUGAGAACGCAGACAGUGAUUAGCCUCAUGAUACAGUUGGAUACAGUGUGAACGCACCUUUAUGUAAACUGGCAUUGAUAUUGUUUACAUGUCAAUUCAUCUCACACUGAGGAUGAUGGUCUUGUUGAAGAACAUACUGUACUAUAUUAGUAUCUUAUUCUAUACUUGAGGAAAACCUAGUGUUACAAAAAAUCUACAACUUCUGUGUUUGAACAAAGAACAUAAGUCAGGCCCACUGUAUGACCUGGCCUUUACAAUGCUGGCAUCUGAAAUUACAAUGACUCAACCUGAAUGUGUCUAUAGUCCAUAGUUCUUGUAAAAUCAUGCUUGCCUAUUCCUGGUAGUUACUGAUUUUUGGUAUUUUGUAUGGGGCUGUCUAUUACAAUUAUUAUUUUUUUUUCUUGUAUAUUUACAGUAAAUGUAAAUGUUUAUAGUACCCUAAGAGUGUGUGAAAUAGAGCAUGAGUGUUUUGGUCUGUGUGAGUCUGUUUUUAUGUGUGUGCAUGUACUUAUGCAAGUGUGUGCAUAUUUCAAAAGGUGAGAGAUUGUUUGGAGAUUUUUGUAUUUAUUGUACAUAUUUGCAAUUCAGAGAUCAUGGUUUCCCGAUAAGGAUUAUCUGAUAUUUAAAGUUAUAAAAUGAGCCUGUAAUUUGUGUCAGUGGAACUACGAACUUGGAGAUUUUAUAGACGCACACAAUUUAUUUUUAUUUUUAUUUGUGUUAUUACACAAUGUGGAGCAGUGCUGCUUAUGAAUUUUCAAUAUACUGUAUAUGAAAAUGUUUUCAGCCUUAUCAAAAUGUAUAUUUACUUGUCUAAAAUCUAUAUUCUCAGAUGGUGUGUGAUUAAAGUAUAUUUGUAUUUUAAAAAGAUGUUCAACAUGUAAGGUUAAUAUUCGAUGUUUCACAAUGGACAAUUGUGCAAAUGGCAAGCAAAAAAAAAACAAAAAAAAAAAAGGGCGUCUUGGCAAAAUAUGUAAUUGUGGUAUUUGGUCCAGUUGGUCUAUUUCAGUGGAUGUGCUUCUGUAGGACCUGUACCAAACUGUAUGUUCAAUAAACCAGUCAGUAAAAUUAGCAUUAUAAUA